GUAAACACUUUCAGUUCCAGUUCAGAUCGGCAGCCGGUCGGUCGUCAAGCUCGUUCCGUUCCGUCACAUCGCAGAGACACACUCGCAACGCGGCAAAGUUGGCGCACAAAAUGAGGCUGUUCCUCGUAGCACUGCUUGCUACCUUUGCGUUGUCCAACGCUCUGGUCAAGGAGGAGAUCCAGGCCAAGGAGUAUCUGGAGAAUCUGAACAAGGAGUUGGCCAAGCGCACCAAUGUAGAGACCGAGGCAGCUUGGGCCUAUGCCUCCAACAUCAACGAUGAGAACGAGAAGAAAAAGAACGAGAUCUCCGCCGAGUUGGCCAAGUUCAUGAAGGAGGUGGCCAGCGACACCUUGAAGUUCCAGUGGCGCAGCUAUCAGUCGGAGGACCUCCGGCGUCAGUUCAAGUCCCUCACCAAGCUGGGCUACGCCGCUCUGCCAGAAGCCGACUACGCCGAGUUCUUGGAAACAGUCUCCGCCAUGGAGUCCAACUUCGCCAAGGUGAAGGUCUGCGACUACAAGGACAAGACCAAGUGCGAUCUGGCUUUGGAUCCGGAGAUCGAGGAGAUCAUCAGCACUAGCCGCGACCACGAGGAGCUCACGUACUACUGGCGUGAGUUCUACGACAAGGCCGGAACCGCCGUGCGAUCCCAAUUCGAGCGCUACGUGGAGCUCAACACCAAGGCUGCCAAACUGAAUAAUUUCACGUCCGGUGCGGAGGCUUGGUUGGAUGAGUAUGAGGAUGCCACCUUUGAGCAACAGCUGGAGGACAUCUUUGCCGAGAUUCGUCCGCUCUACGAACAAAUCCACGGCUACGUGCGCUAUCGCCUGCGAAAGCACUAUGGCGACGACGUGGUCUCUGAGAAGGGACCCAUUCCCAUGCACCUGUUGGGCAACAUGUGGGCGCAGCAGUGGUCCGAGAUCGCAGACAUUGUGUCUCCGUUCCCUGAGAAGCCUCUGGUCGAUGUGAGUGCCGAGAUGGAGAAGCAGGGCUACACAGCCCUGAAGAUGUUCCAGAUGGGCGACGACUUCUUCACCUCCAUGAACCUCACCAAGCUGCCGCAGAACUUCUGGGACAAGUCGAUCAUUGAGAAACCCACCGAUGGUCGUGACCUCAUUUGCCAUGCCAGCGCCUGGGACUUUUACCUGACCGAUGAUGUGCGCAUCAAACAGUGCACCCGCGUGACCCAGGACCAGCUCUUCACCGUCCACCACGAGCUGGGACACAUUCAGUAUUUCCUUCAGUAUCAGCACCUGCCCUUCAUCUAUCGCACUGGUGCCAAUCCCGGUUUCCAUGAGGCCGUCGGCGAUGUUCUUUCUCUGUCGGUGUCCACGCCUAAGCAUCUGGAGAAGAUUGGUCUGCUUAAGGACUAUGUCCGCGACGAAGAGGCCCGCAUUAACCAGCUCUUCCUCACCGCUCUGGACAAGAUUGUGUUCCUGCCUUUUGCCUUCACCAUGGACAAGUACCGCUGGGCACUGUUCCGCGGCCAGGUCGACAAGAGCAAUUGGAACUGCGCCUUCUGGAAGCUGAGGGAUGAGUACUCCGGAAUCGAGCCACCAGUGGUGCGCAGCGAGAAGGACUUUGAUGCCCCGGCCAAGUAUCAUGUAUCCGCCGAUGUUGAAUAUCUGAGGUACCUGGUGUCCUUCAUCAUCCAGUUCCAGUUCUACAAGUCCGCCUGCAUUAAGGCUGGCCAGUAUGAUGCCAGCAAUCCUGAGCUGCCCCUGGACAACUGUGACAUCUACGGCAGUGCAGCGGCUGGAGCUGCCUUCCACAACAUGCUGUCCCUGGGCGCCUCUAAGCCCUGGCCCGACGCACUGGAGGCCUUCAAUGGAGAGCGCACAAUGACUGGCAAGGCCAUUGCCGAGUAUUUUGAGCCACUCCGCGUCUGGCUCGAGGCGGAGAACAUCAAGAACAAUGUCCACAUUGGCUGGACCCCCUCUGAAAAAUGUGUAUCUUCCUAAUUGAUUUGGCUUUGUUGAUUUCAUACAGUUUUUGUUCAAUAAAGUUUCAUUAACGUUCCCUUA